UUGGCCUUACUGCGGUGAAGAGUGAGGAUGACGAGGAGGAGCAUGAGAAAAUGUGUGCGAUGACUGCGAUUUUGGACCUCCGUAGGGAGGUCAAGGAAGGGAUGGAGGAAGUGCUCCGUGAGGUUAAGGCGGAGAGUAUGGAUGAGAUACUUGGGUUAGGGAGGUACGCAGCUGGGUGAAGGUUUUGGGAGGAUCAAGUCACUCAAUGAUCCUUAAGGCCUGCGAAGUAGAGCAGAAGCCAAUGAAGCAGUACCUUGGCUCGCUCUAGGUCCGGAGACGAACCGCAUUCUCCAUCGUGGUCGACGAACUCCAGUGUGAGGUUGUUUUCACGCACAACCUCCUCAUGUCAUGGGCCGCGGUCAUCAAGUCGGCUGAUGUCGGCGAAGCUGAAGAGACGUCUUGUAAGCGGUUGCUGUGGAUUAUGUGGGCAUUUCUGGCCUUAAGACAUAUGUCACUCCCAGCCGUGCCUCCGGUAACGGAUGUCAUUUUGGAUUCACCACGUGUCGCGGACAAUACUGGUAAUGAAGAACAUCCGAACGCGUUUAAUUGCCGUCGAACAAAAACAGUAUUUCCAAAGGCUGUUGGAAACACUUCCCAGCUCGUUGUUUGAUGUGAAGAUAAGAUUACUCAUUACUAAUACUGUAGCUCAGUAAACAUAUGCAUACGCCUUCACAAAUGACUUCAGCUGAAUGAUACUUCUGCUCAUUCCGA